AUGAAACUCAAGCGGAUUUUAUGGCAUCCGAGGACAUAUUAUAUUUAUCCUGUACUAAUAUAUGCCAUGUUCUCUCCGAACUUCAAGCAUUUAACAAAAUAUGAAAAAGUUUUUCAUAUUUCAAAUAUUUUGAUUCUAUCUGUCGCAUUACAGCAAUUCGUCUAUUUCACGAGAUGGAUAGAGAUGUACCAGAUAUAUAUUUCAGGAGUUCUGGCAUUUCUGUUUGCAACUUUUCCAGUCAGAAACGAACAAGAAUCGAAAGAUAAAAAGAUCGAAGCUAAAUCAUCGUCAAGAUACAAAAGACUACAAAUAAUUCAUCAAUUCGAGAAAUUUCUUGCCAUUUUGAUUUUUUCGUUUGGUUCUUGUAUUCUUAAGUUCACUUACACUGAAUUUGGGCCAAUACGUGAAGAGCACUUAAUACAAAUGAUGACACAAUUCGAAGGAAAACAAAAUUUCGCCGAAAAAAUCGACAUUAUUCUUUUGUUACUCUAUAAAAACUUGAUUCCAGCAGCAACAGUAAUAAUCUACCUCGGAUAUCGUAUAAUCAUCAAGUCAUAUACAAAAUUUACAUUUUUCUCGGAAUUUCCGAAUAUUAGUUUUUCAAUUAACUUAACUUCAACGAAAUUACUACUUCUUCUAAUGACAUCUUUCUUCUCUUUCGCUUACAUGAUAUACCAGCCAUCCUGGUACACAGAUUCAACAUUUUACCAAGAUAAUUACGUUUUUCCGGAUAAUAUUAUUACUUUUCCAGAACAAAAACGUAAUAUGUUGAUUAUCAUGCUCGAAUCAGUUGAAAGUACAUUCGCAUCUAUGAAAAAUGGAGGUGCUUUUGAAGAAUCUUUCAUUCCUCACUUGGAAACUCUUUCUCUUGAUCUAAACAACGUUCAUUUCUUCAGCCAGCCUGGUAAACUUGGUGGUCUUACUAUAAUUACUGCAACUGCUUAUUCUCUUGGCGCUACAUUUUCAAUGUUAUGCGGAGCACCAACAGGAAAAUCAGUAGACCCUUCUGUAUCGUAUAGAGAGUUAAUGUUCUAUCCUCCUAUGAAGUGUCUUGGUGAUAUAACUAAGAAAAACGGAUAUAUAAAUAUGGCAAUGUUUGGAACUCAAUUUGAAGACUUGAAUCAUGGAUAUGUAUAUACAGCGCAUGGCUUUGAUCGUAAGAAUGUGUAUUCCAAGAGCGAAACAGACCCGAAAUGUAAAACUUGGGUAAAAGAUCACACCCAAAUCAAAAUUGUCAAGCAACAUUUGACUGAAAUAUCCAAAACAGGCAAACCAUUCUUCUACGUGUACACUACGAUGGAUACACAUGCUCCUGGCUUCAGAUGCAAAUAUUGUAAUAAAUCUAGAAACGCAAUGAUCGAUACUAAUAUGUGUAAUGAUCAGCAGAUAUAUGAUCUCUUGAAUUGGUUGAAGGAACAGCCUUAUUACAAUGAAACAACAAUAUUAUUAGUUGGUGAUCACGCUGCAAUGAAUUGGUUUAUUGCUGAACGUGCUGAUUCGAUGCAUUAUAAACGUAGGGCAAUUCUUACCAUUAUAAACUCUGUUGUUAAACCGAAAUCUCGGGUUCAUACUCAUUUAACAAUGUUUGAUAUCUUUCCAACCUUACUUGCUGCAUCAGGUGUUAAGAUACAAGGUGACAAACUGGCCCUAGGAGUGAAUUUGAUGUCUGAUGAGAAAACAGUUCUUGAUAAAUAUUCAGAACAGUUUCUGAACGAUAUCUCUAGGUCGCAGUCAAAAUGGUACAUUAGAAAUGUCCUGGGAACCAAGGUUGAUGACAGUGUGUUGAAUCUUGAAGGUAGUUUAUCAUAA